UUUUAGUUCAUAUUUUAUACGAAGUUGUCGCUUAAGUCGUUUUUUGUUUCAAAUGAAAGAUGGUGAAUAGCCAUAGUAAGAAACAAAAACAAUUACUAAUUAUUAAAAAGUGAACAGACAAUAAAAACGAUAAAAAAAAUGAACGAUUCUUAUUAUAUCGAAGUUGUAACAUGUCCUUACAAUGAAAAUCAUAGAAUAGCUAAAUCACGCAUUCAAAAACAUAUCGUCAAAUGUGAAAAGAACUAUCCAAGUGAUUAUAAAGUUAUAUGUCCAUUUAAUGCGAGCCAUCGUUUAUUUAAAUAUGAAAUAAAUAAACAUAUUGCAAUAUGCCCAGCUGGAAGAGAAAUUAAUCUUGAAUCGAGUAAACAAACGGAGAAUUAUGAAUUGCAACAUGAAACGAAUGAUUUAAUUGAAUCUAGCGAAAACUGGGAUGAAGUACUUGAUUCGGUAUCUGAUAUAAAAGAAGAUCUUCAUUCUACUAAUAUAAUAAGUAAUAGAAAAGAUUACUCAAAAUAUUGCAAUGAUGAUGAAGACUUAAGAUUACCACAUGGUUAUUCAGAAGUUAUGUUAAUUGAAGUUGACGAAGAAAUCAAUUCUGAAGAUAUUGAAUCAAUAGCAAGUAAUAUGGGAAUAGGAAGAGGCAAAGUUGAUUCAGAUAAAAUUCAUUUGUUACGAUCUAUUGGUAUAGGAAGAGGAAAGCUUUCGAACUAAAGAUGAUUAUGUUUCAAAGUAUCAUAAUAUAUACAGGAUGUCCUGUAAUUGAUAGUACAAAUAAUUUUGAAACUUAUUUUUUUCUACAAU